UUGAUUUAAUUUGAAUUACGCACUGCAAGACUCAUUCGAGAGUGACGUUUUCCAACAAGAUUUUCUUCAUAUUCAAAAACUUAAACUGAGACCUCUCAUUUAGUGUGAAAUAAUCUUACUAUUACGCCGUAACCACGUUGACUAACAGGCAAAGCUUUAUUAGUGCAACAAUGUACAAUGUCAUAAUGUACAUAACUACAUACUAUAACCCCUUUUUACAAUUAUUAGAAUCAGAACGAAUAAAAAAAAAGACUGAGAUAAUUUUAGAUGUAAUUAUCAAUGUUGCCAGGACCAACUAUACAUACAUAGCAAAAGAUCAAAGCAAUAUGUACUGAACUGUAACUGGACACAGAAAACGAUGGUGAUCUCUAUUUUUUUUCCUUCACAAUUUUUACAGCAAAUAAAUCAAUAUCUCAACCUCUUUCGAGAUAAUAAUAAUAAAAUUUGUGUAUAUUUUAUUUUUUUAAACUCCGCUUUUGAGACUAUACGGGGCUAUUGUUGUCGUCGUUGUUGUUGUAGUACUGACUGCAAAUCAAGUUGCAGAAACAGAAACUACUGGAGUACGGAGAUGAUCAGAGACCCCACUCUAAUAUUUGGAAUCUCAGUAACAAACUUUGUCCCAAACACAAGAAAAGCCAUUACUGUCCUUUUUCACUUUCUUUUACCUUAUAAAGGCUAUACCUCUCACUACUUUACUCAUUUCUUCUUCCUUUUUUUUUUGAACUUUUCUUCUCCUAUACAACUGCUCCAUUCUUCUUUUCAAACUUGAGUUUUCUGCUAUUUUUCACUUUUUUUCAACAACCAGAAAUACUAUAACUACUGGUGUAUGUAGUGAACAACAAUAUUUCAUCAGAAUGUAUGCAUCACAAAGUUUGUCUUUUCAUCCAACUUCUGAUCAGGAAGAUGAGAAAAGUUUUGUUCAAAAUCAUAUUGCAGCAUCUGGAUUCGUGGAGCUGCAGCAGCAGCAGCAACAGUUUCAUUCUAGUGAAAACAACUUGAAUAUGCAAUUAGAAUUUGGGCAUGACUCUAACAACACAAGGUUUCAUCCAAAUUGGGAAGAAAUUAGUUUUAAUCCUUACAACAAUCAACAACUUAGCUACCCCAUUUCUAAUCCAUCAUUAGGCCUUUUGGGGGGUUUUCAUCAAAGAACAGAAUUAGCUUCAACUUCAACUAAUCUUUUUUAUGAACCCCCACAAAUGAAUAUGCCUCUAAAUCUUUGUACCCCACAAUCUAGUUUAUUCAAAGAGUUGUUUCACCUUUCUCCACAUGGGUCCUCCUAUGGGUUAGGAAGCUCCGGGACGGGUUCUUUGUUUAGCCUUGGUCAUGAUCAGGAAGAGGUAACAGGUAAUUUGUACCAUGAUGGGAGUUUUCAUGAGUUAACUGGAGAUAUGAUGAUUAAUUCUGCAGCUAUUAAGAAGAGGAUAUUAGGUAAAGAUAUCAAACAUCAUGCUUCUGAGAAACAAAGGAGAGUUCAUUUUAGUGACAAGUUUCAAGCAUUGAGGACUUUAAUCCCAAAUCCCUCAAAGAACAAUAGAGCAACAAUUAUCGCGGAUGCUAUUGGCUACAUCGAUGAGCUAAAAAUGAGAGUAAAUGAGUUAAAAGUUCAAGUAGAUAUAAAGAAAGAGAGAAUCAAAAGGCGAAGAUCAAUGGUAGAAGAAUAUGGUGCAGUGAUCAUGGAAGAUAAUCAGGAUGAUCAACAAGUGAUGAUGAACAAAUCUACUAAUUGGCAUCAUCAAAUAAAAUCUUCCAAGAAUAGUAAUACUGAAGUUGAUGUGAGAAUUAUGGAAGAUGAAGUGAUUGUUAAAUUUGUCCAACAUAAGCAAAUGCUCAAGGGAGUGAAUUGCCUUCUAUUGGUAUCAAAAGCACUUGAUGAGCUUCAGUUGGAUCUCCAACAUGUUGCUGGUGGAUUGAUUGGAGAUCACUAUAGCUACCUCUUAAACUCCAAGAUUUGUGAAGGUUGUACAGUGUAUGCAAGUGUAAUAGCUAACAAGGUUAUUGACGUUUUGGACAAGGAACAUGCAGACAUUAAUUAAGUUGGAGGUCUAGUUUGGUCUUGAAAUAUAGACUUUCUUUAAUUUAUAUAAUUUCUACUUUUGUAAUACAAUGAUGAAAGGUAAACUAAUUCGAUUAAAAUAUGACGAUUUUAAUUUAUUUUGUGAUUA